GUUUUAACUUCUUAGGUUUGGGAUCUUACCCACUUGCCUUUUGCUGAACAAGAGUUAAUGCUGAUAAAGGUUGCUGUGAAUGCUGCUGCUAGAAGAGAUGUACUUAACAUUGCCAACAUUUUUAGGGGCAAGGCUGUUGAUGUGUCUGACCACACAGUGACUCUUGAGCUUAUUGGAGAUCUGGACAAGAUGGUAACUAUACAAAGACUGCUCGAGCCCUGCAGAAUUUGCGAGGUAGCACGAACAGGACGUGUGGCAUUGGCACGAGAGUUAGGUGUGGAUUCUAAGUAUCUUCGUGGAUAUUCACUUCCUCUUUAAUUCGAGACUUUUUGGGAUUGCUUUCAAUAGGAAUAUUGACUCUUUAUAGACAGCUUGCGAGCAUGAGGAUUUUAUUUUUAUUUUGCAUUACACUUAUGUUGCAAGUAUUUUAAAAUCUAUAAUAUAAUUGUUUACACCUA